CCGUAGUUGUCUUCCUCCCCUGAACCCUCGUCGCCUGAAAUUCCUUGUUAAUGGCCAUCUUCAGAUCAAUCAAAACCCUAGCGUCGAGAACAAUCAAGAACCCCAAUCUUCGUGAUUCCGCUAAAUCCAGGGCUUUCUUCUCGCUAUCGUUAUCCUCUCGUUCGUCGGCUGCAACCUCGUUUCUGCAGCCGGCGGAAAGUUAUACUACCCGACACUUUCUCGGCCGGUCGAGGUUUCUUUCACCAGUUUGGGGACCGCUCUUCCUCUCUAACCCUCCAUGGAAGCUUUCGCAAUCCGCCACUCCUCUACUGCUCCAAUCCGGCGCCGUUUUGAGCUUAUUUAGACUCCGGGCCCUGCAAUUGAUUCCCCGGCCACCCUUUCGGUACAACAUUGGAUGUGACCCUCCGAGGCAGUUAAAUCAGAAUGGUAAGGAGGAUAUUAAAAAUGGCGCUGAGGUUGAUGCUGGUGUUGGAGACGGUGGGAUCAGUGACAGUUACUUGAAUCUUCCAAACUUCAUUUCAUUCAGUCGGAUGCUUUCUGGUCCGUUGCUUGGAUGGAUGAUUGUACAUGACAUGUAUUCCUCGGCAUUUGUUGGACUUGCUAUAUCAGGAGCUACUGAUUGGUUAGAUGGUUUUGUGGCUAGAAAAAUGCGAAUCAAUUCUGUUGUUGGUUCCUAUCUUGAUCCUCUUGCAGACAAGGUUCUAAUUGGAUGUGUAGCUGUGGCAAUGGUGGAUAAGGGUCUCCUACAUCCUGGACUGGUUGCACUUGUUGUGUUGCGCGAUGCUGCUCUUGUAGGCGGUGCAGUUUACAAACGGGCGACCAAUUUUGAUUGGGAGCGGCGGAAAAAUUGGCGCGACUUCUUUGAUCUCAAUGGAGCUCAUGUCCAAAGGGUUGAGCCUCUCUUGAUCAGCAAGGUGAAUACAGUUUUGCAGCUCAUCUUAGUUGCAGCAGCUCUACUUCAACCAGAAUUCGGAAAUGAUCAGACCCAGAUUUACAUAAACUAUUUAAGUUGGUUAGUGGCAUCAACAACAGUGGCUUCUACAGCAGCAUAUGGUGGACAGUACUGGAAAAAUGGAGCUUCAUUGAUGAAGUCUAGCUAGCUCUUUUAAGUCUGAAGAACACCAGUUGGGAGUUCUGGAUGAUGCCCUCAAUACCCUUUUCUCUUAGCUUAAUGUGUUCUUUUAUUUUUUUUUUUAUCUACAGAAGAAAGUAAAGGUUGAUAUAUAAGAUCCCCUGUCUCUGUUUUUUAAUGCUUUUGUAAGGGGUCUAUCAGUUUAGUGUAGAAACAACAAAUAAGACUAGUUUCACGGGCAAGUUAGUACAUAUUUUAUAUCAGCUAUUUAUGUAA